GCUCGUGUCUCGGCCAUUUUUGUUGCGUCGACGUCAGUGUGCGGCCAGGGGCCUCUCGCGCUCUCUUAGCAGUUUAGCAAGUUGUCUUCGGAAUUUCAGCCGUUUCUCCGUAUCGCGUGUAUCGAGGGACUGAUCGGACACGUGCCGUUCUUGGGUUAACCGACGUUAAUUCGGCCGUCACGAAAUUAUUGGCGAGCGUAAAUCAAGCCCGCGAGACAACAAAGACAUAGGUAGCGCGUUGGACGCGUCGGGAACUUUUUCGGGCUCAAGUGAGGCGUGUGUGUGUGUUAGAGCGGACGAGAGCUAAAAGGGCUUCAAGCGACAGAGCUGCGAAACCUACGCACCGAGGCAGAGUAAUAUGAGUAAUGCAGCCAACCAGAAUGGAUCAGGUCUAGAGCAGCAGUUAGCUGGUCUGGACUUGCAGGGCUCCCGCCAGGGUCGCUACGUUCCACCGCAUCUUCGUCAUAAAGCUGCAAGUAAUCCACCUUUGGAUUUAAAUUAUUCUUCCAACUCAAGAUCGUUUGGUGAGAGAGACAGAGGUGGAGAUCGUGACCGAGAAAGGGACCGUGAUCGGGAUAGAGGUAGAGGCGGUUAUCGAGAAUCACGAAGUCCUCGCGACGUCGAUUUCGCGAACUUUGGAAGCUUCGGUGGGCGCAAUAGGCGCAGUCAAGAAAAUGGAAGAGAUUUCAGAUAUUCCAAUUCUGAGCGCGAUCGACCAAUUAGUGGUAAUGAUCGCUGGCAGGAGCCUACUAGAAAUGAUCGCUGGCCAGAGACUAGAAAUGACAGGAUGGGUAGUAGCGGAAGAUGGGACGAUAGAAGCAGCAGAGGCGGAAGAGGCGAGGUCGAUUGGACAAUUCCGACUGCCAGGGAUGAACGAUUGGAGGUGGAGCUGUUUGGUACUGGCAAUACUGGGAUUAAUUUUAGCAAAUAUGAGGAUAUCCCAGUUGAGGCUACCGGAGAAAAUAUACCACCACACAUCACAUCUUUUGAUGAGGUUAAGCUGACAGAGAUAAUAAAGAACAGCAUCGCCUUGGCAGGAUAUGACAAGCCUACACCAGUGCAGAAAUACGCGAUACCGAUCAUCAUCGGACGCCGUGACGUGAUGGCCUGCGCUCAAACGGGGUCCGGUAAAACAGCGGCCUUCCUAGUGCCAAUAUUGAAUCAGAUUUACGAGAGCGGGCCGCGACCGCCACCAGUACAAGCGAAUUCCUCUGGUAGACGUAAACAGUAUCCAUUGGGUCUAGUAUUGGCUCCUACGAGGGAACUCGCUACGCAGAUAUACGAUGAGGCGCGGAAGUUUGCGUACCGAUCGCGUAUGCGUCCCGCAGUCGUAUACGGCGGUUCCAACAUAGUAGAUCAAAUGCGCGAAUUAGAUCGCGGUUGCCAUUUACUUGUGGCGACGCCAGGACGUCUAGUGGAUAUGUUGGGACGCGGUAAAAUCGGUUUACAUAAUUGCCGAUAUUUAGUUCUGGACGAGGCAGAUCGCAUGCUGGACAUGGGUUUCGAGCCGCAAAUAAGACGUAUCGUCCAAGAAGACAACAUGCCGCCAACUGGAGAAAGACAAACUCUCAUGUUCUCUGCUACUUUUCCGAAAGAGAUUCAGAUGUUGGCCAGAGAUUUUCUUAGCAAUUAUAUCUUCUUGGCCGUUGGUCGAGUGGGUUCGACUUCCGAAAAUAUCACGCAGAAGAUUGUGUGGGUGGAGGAACACGAUAAACGUUCAUACUUGCUUGAUUUGCUACAAGCUAGCAACUUUUCGGACCCUUCUGCAGAGUCGCUUACUUUGGUAUUCGUGGAAACAAAGAAAGGAGCCGACAUGCUUGAAGAAUAUUUGGCCACAAUGGGAUAUCCAGUUACUAGCAUUCAUGGCGACAGAACCCAGCGUGAACGAGAGGAAGCCUUGCGUCGCUUCCGCGCGGGUAAAGCACCGAUUCUAGUUGCGACUGCAGUAGCGGCACGUGGUCUCGAUAUACCACAUGUUAAACAUGUCAUCAAUUUUGAUUUGCCUGGCGACGUUGAGGAAUACGUUCAUCGUAUUGGUCGUACCGGUCGUAUGGGCAAUUUAGGUUUGGCUACAUCGUUCUUCAAUCACAAGAAUCAUAAUCUGGUACGCGAUUUGGUGUCUUUACUUAUUGAAGCCAAUCAAGAACUUCCACCCUGGCUGGAUGACAUGUAUACCGAAGCUAGGUAUUCUGGAAGCUCAUCUCGGCGUCCUACUGGUGGCACCAAAGGAGGCCGUUUCAGCGGCGGCGGUUUUGGUGCAAGAGAUUAUCGUCAACAACCCAGUUCUGGAUCUGGCCGUAGUAACGGACCUUCAAGACCUGGCGGUUAUGGAGGUGGUUAUUCAAGUUAUGGAGGUAAUUAUAAUAAUUCAGCGUACAAUAAUUCCACUAACAAUGGCAAUAGUGGCCCUGAUUGGUGGGGAGGAUGGGACAAGUAGACGAUUAUUUCCAUCUCUAUUUCUACUUCUAUCAUUAUUAUUAUUACUCUACACGCAAAUUCAAUUAUAUGUAAGGAAAAUACACGACAUUAUGUCUGACACUACAAGCACGUGUUUUGCGCGCGUUGUACAUACGCGCAAAGUACAGACAGUUUAUGUAUAAUAUGUAUUCACGUUUUUUGCUAACUGCCUGUGCACAUCGAUUUUUCGAUGAAAAAGCAAAAAAAAGAAUACUUACAAUACAUAUUUGUUUAAAUUUCCCCUAAAUUACAUUUGUUUAUGCGCGACAUUGUGACAAAUCCUGCGUGCAAUUUAGUAUUCGUGCCGGUAAAUUACCGGGGAAUAUUUCGAACGUAAAUGAUCUCACCGUACAAAAAUGCGAGUAUCAUAAAUGGGAUUUGUUCAACACUA